ACCUAUCAUUCACAUUUCACCUACCCUAUAAAUAAAGAGAUGAUCUUUGAGUUACAACACAAACCAACUCCAUCUCAAUCCUCAAGUCUUUAGAGUUAAUUUUUCAAUUCCUCUCACUACUUCCAAUCUUCUUCGAUCCUUAGCCUUUCAAAAAACCUAUUCAGAAAUGGCAACGGCGUCGUUCAACAUGCAGUCAGUGUUCGCCGCUCCUUCCGGUGGAUUGAGUUCACGCAACAUCAGAAACACAAACCAACUCUUCUUCAAGAGGAAUGCUCCGGUUGGAGUCAGGUGCAUGGCUCAGGGUGAUCCUAUCAAGGAAGACUCUUCCGUGCCUUCGACCUCGACCUCGGCCGCUCAACCGCAAAUGCCACCAUCCCCUCCUCCAGUUAGCAAGCCUAAGGUGAGUACCAAGUUUGGAGAUUUACUAGCAUUCAGCGGUCCAGCGCCCGAGAGGAUUAACGGGAGACUAGCCAUGGUUGGAUUCGUGGCUGCCAUCGCGGUGGAGCUUUCAAAGGGAGAGAACGUGUUCGCUCAGAUCUCCGACGGUGGCGUCGGGUGGUUUCUUGGAACAACGGCGUUGCUGACGGUGGCAUCGAUGGUUCCCUUGUUCAAAGGAAUAAGGGCGGAGGCAAAAUCAAAAGGGCUCAUGACGUCAGACGCUGAGCUAUGGAACGGUCGUUUCGCGAUGCUCGGCCUAGUUGCCUUGGCCUUCACUGAGUUCGUAACGGGUGGGACUCUCGUCUAAGUUUCAGUUUAAAGAAAAUCAUAUUUUAAGAAUUGUAACGCAUAUAUAGUUUGGUAUUUUGAUAAGAUUUUUUAAAAGCUUCCAAGUGUUGACAACUUGACAUGAAUCAAAAAUUUAUGUGAAGAAA